CUCAUUCAGUAGAUAAUUUCUAUCUUGCUGUUGACUGCAAUCAUUUAAUUUUGUCCACAAGAACUACUUAACAUGUUCAAUCUGGGUGCAUGUGUUCUGAAUAUUUAGUUUAAAAAUUUGCUGCAUCGAAAUUGCUGAAGACGAAAGAAUAGAUCGUAGAAAUGUGAACAUGAAGAAGAGAAGAAGGCUUUACGUCCAAAUCAUCGUUUUAGUCCUGGGUUUGAGUUUGAGCCUUUUGGGCAUCCUUCUGUUAGUAUUCCUCGAUCCAAUACACGAUGGUAUCAUUAAAACGGCGAUGACCUUCAAAGAAGGAUCAGCAUCAUACUCAGCAUGGCUCAUCAACAAUCCUCCGUUAGAUAUGGACGUUUAUCUCUUCAAUUGGACGAAUCCAGAGGAUAUAAGGAACCGGGGUAUAAAGCCCAAGUUCGAGAGAAUCGGUCCAUACAAAUUCAAGGAAUGCAGAGAAAAAAUAAAUAUCACAUGGAACAGCAACAAAACAGUUUCUUUCAAGCAUAGGAAACUGUAUCAUUUCGAUGCAAAAGAAAGUGUUAGGCCUUUAGAAGACAUGAUUACCACAGUCAAUGCAGUUUCACUGACGAUAGGUUACAAAGUUAGGCAUUCCGGAUAUUUUUCCAGAAAGGCAAUUUCCUACUCUCUCUCCAGUUUGAGCUCGGUCCAAGUUACAGAACCAGCAGGAAAAAUUCUGUUCGAUGGUUUCGACGACAGUAUUUUGAGUAUAUUGAAUUUGGCAUCGUUCGGAGAAAUCAAGGAUAAAUUCGGAUUGUUUUAUGGGACCAAUGGUUCCGAAGGAAAAGAUGGUUAUUAUAACAUGUAUUACGACACGGAUGAAAACUUCGGGAAAAUUGCAACAUGGAACUUCAGAACCACCACAGAUUUUUAUACUGGACACUGCAACGACAUCAAAGGAUCUGCUGGUGAAUUUUAUCCCAUCAACCCUACUAAGGAUAGGAUAGUUUUCUUUUCUCCAGAACUUUGCAGAUACGCUGUGUUGGAAUAUGUUGAGGAGGUCACUGUGAAGGGUAUAAAGGGUUACAAAUAUACAGCAGAUCAUCUAUUCGAUAAUGGCACACUGCGACCCGAGAAUAAAUGUUUCUGUAAUGGUGAAUGUAAUCCUUCGGGAGUUUUCAACGUAUCUCUAUGUAGGCAGGGAUCGCCUACAUUCCUUUCGUUUCCUAAUUUUUAUCAUGCUGACCCCUACUACAUCAACUCUAUUGAGGGUGUGGUUCCAGACAAGGAAAGAGACGAAUUUUAUAUUGUUUUGGAGCCAAAAUCAGGAAUUGUCAUAGAAUUCGCAGCUAGAAUGCAGCUCAAUAUGUUGUUACAACCAAUUCAAAAUAUUCUACUUUUCGAAACGGUGAAUAAAGUUUACGUGCCAAUUUUCUAUUUUGACCAGAAGAUCUCCAUAAAAGACCAUUUAGUUACAAGCAUCAAACUCCUCCAACAUUUUCCUGAAAUCUGCACCGGAGUGUCCAUAACUUUCAUGACGAUUGGUCUAUUGAUCCUUGUAGGAUUGUUUGUACACUUUUAUUACGACUGUGCUUGUGCGAAGAAGAAAUACCAGAUCGAACAGGUGAAAAGGCCGGUUUCCACGCAAGAUAUUCCUACAGUGAAUGUGCCGUCUGGAAAAUGAAAAUUUUUAUUAUUUGUAUAUAAUUAAAUAGUAAAUUAAAUACAUUAAGAUGA